CGCUCAUUCACAGUUUUCUCCUCCCCUCAUUCAUCACUGACUGGGUCGUCGAGCGAGCGAGCGUUUUUUUUUCGUGUGCGGAGGUGGCCAAAGCCAGGUUUAAUCGAUAGGUGAAGAAAAAUCUGGUCUCGUUGGAAUUUUUAACGUGUGCGGGUUUAGUGGGUAUUCGCGAUGGACGUGGCCAAGUCCCUGUUUGGUGCCCGUGACCACGAAGGUUACGCUGGCAAGGAGGAACAUAUGAAAAAGGUAGAAUCUGCAAACUCGGAGGACGAUGGUGAGCUGGUCGAGUUGGCCGAGGGGUUGCACAUCUCGGAGAGUGAGAUUCGGCCGACGGCUGGGGGGCCGUUUUCGGCGUUGACGCCGUCGAUGUGGCCGCAGGAUAUAUUGGCGAAGUUGGGGCAGCCGGAGACGGACGAGCCGCCGAACCACCAGCCGGACUAUCGGUUCGAUGAGUUUGGGUUUAGGGUGGAGGAGGAGGAUGGGCCGGAGCCGAGUUCGAAUAGGUUGUUGAGUAUUCCGUUUAUGGAAGAUCCGGCGCAGCGACUGCAGUGGGUGGCUCAUUUGGAGUUUUCUCAUAAUAAGGAGGCGACUGAGUUGACGUGGGACAGCGUUGAGGUGGUGUUGCCGCGGACGGAGAAGUUGAGGGCGAUGGUUCGGCAGGGGAUUCCGCACUCGUUGCGGCCGCAGAUGUGGAUGCGACUGUCGGGGGCGUUGCAGAAGAAGCUGAAGUCGGAGACGACGUAUCAGGAUAUAUUGAAGGCUUCGUCGAAUGAUGCUCUGAUGACUUCGAAGCAAAUCGAGAAGGACCUGCUGCGGAUUAUGCCGACGAACGCGUGUUUCAGCUCGCUCAGCAGCACCGGAGUUCCGCGUUUGCGUCGGAUCUUGCGAGGAAUAGCCUGGCUCUAUCCGGACAUUGGAUAUUGUCAGGGAACGGGCGUGAUAGCGGCUUCGUUGUUGCUGCUGCUGGAAGAAGAGGACGCCUUCUGGAUGAUGGCCACGAUUGUGGAGGAUCUGCUGCCGGCGUCGUACUAUUCGUCCACGCUGCUUGGGAUUCAGGCCGACCAGCGGGUCAUGCAAACGCUCAUCGGAAGCUACCUGUCCGGGGUUGAUGAAACGCUCAAGAGCCACGACAUUGAACUCUCGCUCAUAACGCUGCACUGGUUUCUGACGCUGUUCGCGAGCGUGGUCCACAUGAAGAUUCUGCUCCGGAUCUGGGACUGGUUCUUCUACGACGGGUCGAUCGUCCUGUUCCAGCUGACGCUCGGUUUGCUAAAGAUCAAGGAACCGUCGCUAGAGAAUCUGGAAAAUUCUGCCCAGAUAUUCAACUCCCUGUCGGACAUUCCGGGCGACAUCGACGACGUGGAGCACCUGUUUGCGAUCUCGACCGAGGUCGGCGGCUCGCUGUCUCCAAUGGUGAUCGAAACGCACCGCCGGCGUCACCUGGCCUAUCUGAUGGCCGAUCAGGGCGGGCUGGUCGGCAAUCCGGAAGCCGGUUCGAACCUACCGAAGCAACAUCUGGCCCGGCGUCAGGUCAAAAAGUCCAAGUCGAUGCUGCAGAUGAUUCUGUUCGGUAGCGACGACGGCGACGAGGAGAUGAAGAACAAAAACAUCCGCCAAACGGAGAUCCUGGUAGAUCUGCGUGAGGCAAUCCUAAAAGUCGCCCGCCACUUCCUCGCGAUCGAACCGAAACUCGCCUCCCACAUCAAACUGGUGGCGGAUUACACGAUGGACAGUCACGCCAAAGACCACGAGAACUACAUCAACGUGUCCCGCACGCGAAGCAGACGCGCCAAGGCGCUGCACGACUUUGAACGGCACGACGACGACGAACUCGGUUUUCGCAAGAACGACAUCAUCACCAUCAUCAGCCAAAAGGACGAACACUGCUGGGUUGGCGAGCUGAACGGCCUGCGCGGCUGGUUCCCCGCAAAGUUCGUAGAACUCCUCGACGAACGCAGCAAGCAGUACAGCUGCGCCGGCGACGACGCCAUCUCGGAAACCGUCACCGACCUGGUCCGCGGAACGCUCGCUCCAACCCUCAAGCAAGUCCUCGAGCACGGAAUGCGCCGUCCGUCGUUCCUCGGCGGCCCGUGCCAUCCCUGGCUCUUCAUCGAGGAAGCCGCCACGCGCGAAGUCGAAAAGGACUUUGAAUCCGUCUACUCGCGGCUCGUCCUCUGCAAGACCUACCGCCUCGACGAAGACGGCAAAGUCCUCACCCCGGAAGAGCUCCUCUACCGUUGCGUUCAAUCCGUCAACCAAAGCCACGACGCGGCCCACGCCCAGAUGGACGUCAAGCUGCGCUCGCUCAUCUGCCUCGGCCUCAACGAGCAGGUCCUCCACCUCUGGAUGGAAGUCCUGUGCAGCUGCUCGGAAAUGGUCCAAAAAUGGUACCACCCGUGGAGCUUCAUCUACUCGCCCGGCUGGGUCCAGAUCAAGUGCGAGCUGCGGCUGCUGUGCCAGUUCGCGUUCAAUCUGAACCCCGACUGGGAGCUGCCGGCCAAGCGGGAAGCGGCCAGCCAGAGCCAACCGCUGAAGGACGGCGUCCGCGAUAUGCUCGUCAAGCAUCAUCUUUUCUCGUGGGAUCUGUAGAUAAAACCAAACAACGGUAGCUAGGCGCGUGUUCAAAUAGUUCAACCUGCAAAUUUUAUUUAUCAGAUGAGAUUUAUUUUAUUUACACCAUAUUUGUUUUUUAAUUUGUUAACAAGAGUCUCGUUCGUUCUGUUUUUUUUUUUGUUUCAAGGCCAUUUCUCCUCUUGCCGCAUUUGCAGUAUUAGUUUUAAGUCUGGAAAAAGUUCUUGAUUGAUUUGUGUCCCGUUCUGUUGAGGUUUGAUAAAGCAAAACGUAGCAUUUAUAAACGGAACAUUGCGGAAUAAAAAUAUGCUGUAAUAUUUACUUCUAAAAUAUAUAUGUACAACU